CUAAUUUGCGCUCCGCACAGCUCCGGUUGCAGGCAGGCAAGCAGGGUCUCCCCGCGGCGGGUGCGUCAGUCCAUCCAUCGCUCUCUGUCCGAGGCCAUGGCGAAGGCAGCGCUGCUCACCCUCUUCGGGCUGGGGCUGACACUCUUGAAAGAUUACCAGUCUACUUACGAAGCACGACUUAAUGCUUUCCGAGAAGUAGAACCAGUCCAACCUCCUAACUGUAAAUUAGUGAAAGGAAUAGAAACUGGCUCUGAAGACUUGGAAAUACUUCCUAAUGGACUGACUUUCAUUAGCGCCGUAAAUAAUACCGUGUACCUGCUGGUGGUGAACCAUCCAAAUAUGCAGUGCACUGUUGAGUUGUUUAAAUUUCAACCAGAAGAAAAAUCACUUUUGCAUCUGAAAACCAUCAGACACAAACUUCUGCACAGUGUGAAUGAUAUUGUUGCUGUGGGACCUGAGCACUUUUAUGCCACAAAUGAUCAUUAUUUUGUCGACCCCUACUUGAAAAGCUGGGAGUUAUAUUUGGGUUUAGCGUGGUCAAAUGUUGUUUACUACAGUCCAAAUGAAGUUCAAGUGGUGGCAGACGGAUUUGAUUUUGCUAAUGGCAUCAACGUUUCACCUGACGGCAAGUAUGUCUAUAUAGCUGAACUUCUGACUCAUAAGAUUCAUGUGUAUGAAAAGCACCCUAAUUGGACUUUAACUUUAUUGAAGUCCCUAGCCGUGAAUACACUCGUGGAUAACAUAUCUGUGGAUCCUGUAACAGGGGAUCUUUGGGUUGGAUGCCAUCCCGAUGGCAUGAAAAUCUUCCACAACUUGAAGAGUGCUCCCAGAUCAGAGGUGAUCCAAAUACAGAACAUUUUAACAGAAGAACCCAAAGUCACACAGGUUUAUGCAGAAAAUGGUACAGUGUUGCAAGGCAGUACAGUUGCCGCUGUGUACAAAGGGAAAAUGCUGAUUGGCACGGUGUACCAAAAAGCGCUUUGCUGUGAGCUCUGACAGGCCGGUUUGCACCCAUGCCAUGGUGACCUCAACAUUUCAGCUGCUUGCCACAUUGAAGGGGUCCUAGUAAUCUCAUCUGAACAAUGAAUACUCACCUUGAAUUAGGACCUCAUAAGGAAUGAACAUGAUGUUUAACUGGGAACAAAUAUGACAUAUAUAAGUCUUUUUUGAGAGCAUAUCAAAUCAAUCUUGGAAUACUUGAAAAUCUCAUGGCCCAAUAAAAACGCUUUUCAAUGAAA